AUGGUCUUAGAGCAUUACGUACAGGUAGUCUACUCUUCUAAUGGGACUGUGCUACUCACACGUAGUCGGUUUUCUCCUACAGUCACUGGUCCGGCUCCCCUGGCCGUCUGCCGUUUUGACAAUGCGGACACCUGUGGAUGGAUAAAUGACUUUAACAACUGGAGACACCGAUGGAACAUUGUGAAGACAACCGCCUGGAUGCCUCGUGUCUGGACGCACACACUGCCGGCACUUUGCCUAACUACUGCUAUUCAAGAACCUACCAGGCCUACACAACAGCAAGUCUCCUCCUCCUGGCUUUCGGUUGCUGGAAAGAAAAAGCCCAACACCCCCGGACUGCCACGUGGUGGCAGCGUUCAAGCUCGUUUCUGGAGUCCCUCAAUACCUGCCGAAGUGGGCCUCAGAUGCCUUCAACUAGCUUACCAUAUCCACCUUGGCCGGUCCAGCCCGGGGGAUUCAACUGUGGCAGAUGACAAAUCCCUCAGCCUGGCUCUGCUACAACGUCAAGAAGGGUGCUUCCGUGUUCUACCCUUUUUGUGCUUGGUUUCAGUUCACUUCAGCAUAACGACAGGAGACAUUUUUUCUGGUUGA